UAGAAAUCCGGCACCAAAAGCUAGAAAAAAAUGACCCACGAAGAAUUCGUCAAAACACUCCAUCGAUUUCUCCAUCACUCAUCAAUCAUCAACAUUUGAAUUCCCAGUAAUUCGAUGGUCAACACUCUAGAUCUCCUCUAAACACCUCGAAACCACUCUAUCAAUUCCCUCCAUCUGUAAGAAUCUAACCCAUUUCUCACUACCACCUCCAAACUUGUUCGCCAACGCGUUUUCAAUUCCCUCCAUCAAAAUUCUUCUACCUACUCAUGUGAUGGUUGGGUUCAAGGGCAUGGGGUGGCUGCCGGAGCCGAAGAAAGAGGGGAAGAAUCUCGGAAUUCUCGCAUUCGAGACGGCAAAAACGAUGUCGAGAUUGAUCUCUCUCUACAAAUCCGUCUCCGACGAAGAGAUCUCGCGCCUGAGAAACGACGUGAUCCGAUCUAAGGGAGUCGCGUUUCUGAACUCCGGCGAUGAGAAUUUCCUCCUGAGCUUAGCCAGCGCGGAGUUCCUCGAGGAUCUGGAUCGCGCUGCUUCAGCGGUGGCGCGGCUAGGGAAGAAAUGCACCGAUUUCGGUCUGGAGCGGUUCGAUCUGGUUUAUAAGGAGUUGAAGGGCGGGGUUUUGAACUCCGGGAAGAUGAGGUACGGAUCGGCGACGGCGGAGCGGAAGAUCCGAAAGAUGGAGAGGCUGGUGGCGGCGACGUCGGGAUUGCAUGCGGCGGUGGAGUCGCUGGCGGAGAUGGAGGUUUCGGAGAGGAAGAUGAAGCUGUGGAAGAGUAAGGAUAACGAAUUGCACAAGGCGAAUUACGAUAAUUUGAUUCAUAAAUUGGAGAUUCAGCGCAGAGAGAUUCGCAAUUUUAAGGAGAUUUCUCUGUGGAAUAAAUCAUUUGAUAAAUGUGCUGAUUUGAUGGCGAGAGUCGUCUUCGUUGUGCACAGGCGCAUCUGCGCUCUAUUCGGGCCGAGAAAGCGGUUCCCGAUGAAAGAGAAAGUGUUCCCGCAUUCGGGCCCGCUUUUAACCGCGUCGAAGCCCGUUAUGGUCCGGUUCUACAGCCGGAAAUGGGGCAUUUUCGAAAAGGAGGAAUCCGGUCCGCAGACGGUUCGGGUUUUCCACUCGGCCAAACCGGAAACAGUGGGAGGUUCGGGUCUGGCCCUGCGGUACGCUAACGUGAUACUAACGGCGGAGAAGUAUCUGGACUCUGACGUGGCAAUCAGCCACGUGGAGAGGGAAUCUUUCUACGAGAUGCUGCCGGAGAAUCUGAAGUUUCAGGUGAGGGCAAAGCUGAGCAAGAACAUGCGGUGCGCGGGGGUGGAAGAGGGAGACGCGCUGCUGGCGGAGGGGUGGCGGGACGCGGUGGUGGAGAUACUGCGGUGGCUGGCGCCGGUGGCGGACGACACGGUGCGGUGGCAGAUGGAGCGGAGCUUUGAGAAGACGAGGUUCGACGCGAGGCCGACGGCGCUGCUGCUGCAGACGCUGCAUUUCGCCGAUAGGGAGAAGACGGAGGCUGCCAUUGCGGAGAUCUUGGUCGGACUGAGCUGCGUUUUCCGGUUUGAGAACCGGCGAUUUGUUCAUUGCGAUGAGUUUUAUUGAAAUGUUUCAGUCCCCAUAUAUCUAAUUUUAUCAAUUCAUACACCAAUAUACAUACAGUUGAGUCAUAUCAAUUCUUGAACUUUAUCAACAUUUACAAGAUUUUUGGGAUGCUAUUUUUUCGAGUGUCAUAACUAACCCAUGUCGUUUUUGUUUACAAUUUGAUUUAGUUCAAUCUUAAAAAUGUUGUUAUUUUUGUUGAUUUAACUUAAUAUAUAUUUAUGAAGAAUGUCAUUGUUGUAUUUAAAUAUUUUUGCUCUAAUUUUCAAAUGGAUAUAGUCUUAUUUAUUA